AUGCAGGCUCAGGCUUCACAAAACGGUUACCAAUAUCAGCAGUAUCAGAAGCAGCUGCAACAACAACAACCGAGCAAGGUACCAGGAGUUUACCUCAACAGGACUGAAGGAUAUCGCAGUGCUAACAUCACUACUGCACGCCUUGGAACACAGAAAACUGCCAUCUCGGGAUCCAAAAUGGGCAUCAAGAGCGGCAUGACGGUGGAAGAUCUUAAGCGACUGACACAAAAGAGAAUGCAACAGUCAGGGACAAGCAAUCCAGGCACGCCCAAGACGUCUGGACCUGAAAGUUUUGCGUCGUCGAGACCAGCCACACCCAAUAUCAAUAUGGCUGUAGUGAAUGCAUCAGCUACACAAGCAGCAGUAGCUACUCCACCGAUUGUACCUAAGACUGGCAUGUCUGUGCAGGAGUUAAAGCAGCUUACGGCGCUACGGGUGGCGUCGCAAAAUGCUCCAGUUCACGCAAGUGAAGUUACAGGACUUGUAAGCAAAGCAGUGCUGAAUAAUGCUGCCAAAUCACGCUACCGUGAUACCCUACGUAGCUCACUUACUCCGGUAAAUACACCGAAGCGUGCAAAUUACACGCGAAGUAACAGCAGCACGCAGUAUAGCGGAUUUGGAUACGAUUUAAGUUGCAGUCACGGCGAAACUAUGAGCUCGGGAUUGGGUAAUGCGAACUUAGGUCGUGGACAUCGUAGUCGUUCGCGUAGCUCUCAGCUGCCGAAUAUAGACUCACCUGCGGGCAACACAGCCAUGCGCUAUUCAUACACUGGCGGUCAAACGACUGAGGAUUAUUUCUCUUCUUACGAAUUUGGAGGACUUGACGGCGGUAAUUCAACUUCUUCUCAGGAAACAGACACUGGUCGUGGCAGUCUUGACGACGGCAUGACGUUCGCUCGCAAUUCUUUAUUGCAGUUCCCCCAAGAUUCGUUUCCACCUCCACCGCCGAUGGACGAAAGUGGUGGAUUUGUAUCUACGGCACUACCCUCUUGGUCUCCUCCUCCAGCUCGAACUAAGAAGCUUAACGCUUCCGCAAGUAGGGGUGCCACUUUUUACAAUCAGCAAACGUCGUACUACAAUAUCGCAUCAAGGGAUGAAUCAGCACCAGCAAGUGAUACUGUUUUUAGCAUGAGUCAAGCCCAGGAUCAGCACUCCGCGCUAGCACCGCCACCUGGACUUACUAGGCGGUCUUCGAUGACGGUGCCAUGGCAAGUAGCUGAGGCUGUACUUAUGACACCACAGACCAAUGCUGGGCGUAAAAAGCUGGAUUUGGAUUCGGAAAACAAUUUGGGCGGACUAAAUUUGUCCGCUGCUGAAGCUGCAGCGCAACUUACCCGAUUGUCAUUACAGCCAACAGCGCGAUCCGGUAUGCAACCACCACCUCCGCCUUUGUCAUCCUCAGCGACAUUGUCAAGCUCCCCAUCAAGCUUAACUGGUAUUCCACAACUUGGAGGUACCAGCGCAGUUAGGCGUGGCAGCUUUGGCAAUGCUGCCGAGUUUUUUAAGUUCCGUCGGCGUAGCAAAAGCCGCCUCGAACUUGCACGUGAUUUGUCUCAUAGCGAUAAUGGGGAGAUUGGCGGGUGUUCAAGUUCUGGUACUGCUGGUGCAAUGCCCGGAAUAGCUGAGCGACUCGGUGAUGCUGAUGACGCAAUUCACGAAGAUUCUGACUCGAAUACAUCUAUUUCAGCUAAGGAUGAAUCGAGCUCGCAAGAUUACACAGACGAAGAUCUUGUGCAGGUUACUGGUGGCUAUGAGGAUACAGCUGAAAUUCCGGGCAGCUUUGUGUCCUUCUAUCAUAGCACUCGACAGCAACAGGGUGGUCUUACAGUGCUAUCAAUCCCCCCCCCUCCCCCGCCACCGCCGAUGACAGAUGAUAAUGACGAGGCUUCUACCACGUCAUCGACGAAAGGCAAUGGUUUGCCUAUGAUGAGUCCAAACGGUGCGCGGCUUCGAAAGGUUGCAGAAUUGGCCCGUCAUGGUAGCUUAAGCAGCGAGGACAAGACUCGCGCCAAGGACGAAAUUAUUCAGAGUUCUUUGGGAGUUGGUGCGAACAGCGCGGCCCGGCUGCUAGCUGCUAAGAAGGAAGAUCGAGGAGACCGUGUUCCUGCCACGGCGCUGUCAGUGACAAUCCCACCCGGGUUUCCUGGUAUGCCACGAUCGACGCCGAAGGCCUGUGCUAAGAAAAUUCUUGCGCGUGGAUCUGGGAUUGUACGUAGCAAUGCAGUCGACCGUGUGGGUUUAAGUGGCACAUCUGCCGGUGCAGCUGCAGCAGCUGCGGCUCUUGGUGCCAGUACGGUAUUAUCGAGUCAAUCUGCCACUUCUCAGCAAGGUGAAGCUGUUGAUAGCAGCUUUUUGGAAGAGCGGCUUUCUGCUGCAGCACAAAAGGUUGCAGAUUGCGUUGGCAAGAGUGAUAUGACAGGGUUUCAGCAGGCUAUGGACGAGCUAGACUGGCUUCGCAAUGAAGCUAGUAAGAUUAUGCGCGGUUAA